AAAGAAAAAUUGCCUCUAAAGUGUACAUAAACUUUAAAUUCUAUGUAAAUCUGUCUUACACAUUUCCUUUUAAUCUUUUUCUGUCAUACAAAUAGUACUUUUUCAUUAGUCUUGGGUCAGUUUUCUUUUUUCCAUAUCAAUGGAUGUUGGCCAGAGUCCCAUGUGCCUUGAUAUUCUUUAAAAUUAUACUAACAGUGAACAUGCUUGUUAAUAUCUUCUUUUUAUGCUCCUCAGAUUACGCUGUUUUUAUUAUUCUUUUUCCACUCUUAAAGGGGAUUUUCAACCCCAAAGCCAAAUUUCAUGUGUCCCAGAAUGUGGUCUGCAUAACGCCAGUUCAAUGCUGAGGGUCCAUUCCAUGCUUCUUUCAGUCCCAGGUGUGUACGUUUCCAGAAGUGGUCUCAUAUGCUGCUGCAGCAAUUUACUGAUCUCAGUGGUGAUGUGUCUCCAAGCAGUGAGUGACCCAGCAGUGAUGUGACUCUCUGAGGCCAGUGAAUGGCUGAAGUGGCACCCGAGACCCUGUCUGGAUAUUUAAAUACCGGUGAUUGGAGGAAGCACAGAGCAGUGGAGAGCUGGUGAGUGUUUUUAUGUGGACCACAUUCCGCGUCGUAAUAAAGAUUGUCUUUUAGGGUUGGGAAUCCUCUUUAAAGCCAUUUUAUAGCGGCUGAUGGCUAAGCAAACGUCUUUUCAUGAUCACUGCCACAUGUUAUGCCCAGCGAUCAUCAGCUUGUUGGUCUUUGAUCACAUCUUUUAUGUUGGCAUAAACAUCUUUGAUUGUUGGCUGCACAUCUCCUUAGGUAAAAAGUUAUUGUUAUAGCCCAAAUAAGUAAAGUCCAAAGAUACAAAACUGAGGUGUUCAUAGCCUUCAAUUUUUUUCAGGUUAGUCAUAGAAGCCCCUUCUUUAGAUAGAAUAGAAAUGUAGCAAUGUGCUGCUUAGCACUUUGGCCUUAUAGAGUUCUUUAUAUAUCCUGGAAAAGAACAUGCAAUAGAAAGUAUAUAGUCUGUACAUGACUUCUUUCAAUUAGAACACAUUGCAGGGCGAACAGCAAGUAAUAAUGUGUCUGGAUGAUGACUGUAUCAUUGUGUGUGUCAGGUUCCUGUAAGGUGUCAGGAUGUCACUGUCUAUUUCUCCAUGGAGGAGUGGGAGUAUUUAGAAGAACACAAGGAUCUGUACAAAAAUGUCAUGACCCUCACAUCACCAGUUCUUCCAUGUGAUCAGAUUAAAUCUCUCCCACACAUUUCUUAUUCAAACUAUGCAAACCGAUAUACAAGUUCUAAUAGUGACCAGCAAAAAUCUACUUACCUUAAAAAGACCAACAAAUUUAAAGAAUCAGGUGAAAAAUAAGUUAAAAGCACCAAAGUCAUGUGAUGAAAAGGAUCUGUCAGAAACUAAUUCUACAUAUUCAUAUCUGUCUACAUUAAUUAAAGAGGAACCGGACUCACAUGAUGGAGAAAACAUCACAAACACCUGUGUAUAUACGCACACAAAUCAUAAAGAACAAUGUCCAUCUACUCAGGAUAUGGAGGAACGUGUUCCAUCUGAAAACAAUAUUCUACCAGAUGCCAAGUAUAUACCUCCAGAAGGUACGCAAAACUGUCCAUCUAUUAGUGUUAUGGAAAUUUCCUGCUGUGAUGAAGAAAAUCUCACCUACCCUGGCACUUAUAGACCUACUGAUCAUACAUCACGCAAUCUUCCUCCUCAUAUAAAAGUGGAAUAUGAUCCAUGCGAAGAAGAAAGGACUACAGCUAACACAUUUUAUAUACCUGAAGAUCAUACACAAUUCCCACCUGUUCAUAUUAAGGAGGAGCCAGGUUCGUACGAGGAAGGAGAUCUUACAGACUCCAACAUUUAUAUGCCCACAAAUCAUGUAACACAACAUCCAUGUCCUUAUAUUAAGGAGGAACCUGACACAUAUCAUAGAGGAGAUAAAACAUCCACAGGCGUUUCUUGGCUGGCAGAUCAUACACAAUACUUUACUCAUAUUGAGGGAGAACCAGUCUCCUUGGAAAAAAGCAAUGUCCUGGGCCAAACUCUGUCCUUUAAUUGCAUGGAGUGUUCAGAGGGUUUUACCUCCAAGUCAGAUCUUAUAUAUCAUCAAACUGUUCACAGAAUAGAGAAACUGAGGUGUCCUGAAUGUGGAAAAUACUUCUCCAAUAAGUCUAAUCUUUCUAAUCACAUCAGAAGUCACACAGGAGAAAAACCCUACUCAUGUCCUGCUUGUGGGAAACGUUUUACUAGGAAGAGCACGCUGAUCAUACAUCAAAGGAUCCACACAGGAGAGAAGCCCUUUGUCUGCUUAGAGUGUGGGCGAUGCUUUCCUGGCAGGGGUAAUCUUGUGAAACAUCAAAAGGUGCAUAAAGCAAAAAAGCCAGUGACUAUUAAAACCUUCCUCCCAAUGCCAAUGACUUUCAUAGUAGACUCAAAUGUGGCCCCAAUUCAGAUGCUUCAAUGAUGAAUCUAGUAUGAUGUUGUUUGGAGAACUCUAUGAAUAAAAUCAUUAAUAUGUGAUUAGCUAUUCACUAUUGCACAUUGAUUAACUCCAGCGCUGGUCACCAGGGCAAACACAAAAAAUGUCUUGGUGAUCUCUACAUUUUUAAUGGCCACAGUUGAAAAUAUGUUAGGUUGGUUUACUUUGCAAAUCUGACUUGGACUUCAAUCAUACGAUAUUAGUUUUUUGAGAGUAGAUGGUGAUUUAUUUUGGAGCCUAGUAUAUCUAUUCUGGUU